AUGGAUAUCGCCGCUGUGAGGUCCUUGCUCGCCGCUAGCUUGGACCCUGAUGCCGACAACCGGAGGCGCUCUGAGCUUCAGCUAAAACAGAUUGAAGAACAGCCCGGCUUCCUCGAAUGUCUGCUUGAUAUUCUCCAGAACGAACAAGAGGCUAGUGUCCGGCUCUCGACCGUUAUCUACGUCAAGAACCGGGUCAAUCGAUCAUGGUACAACAACGAGGGGUACUCCACCGAGCCCCCCGCCGCCCUCAUCCCCGAAGAUGAGAAGGCUCGCGUGCGAGACCGCCUCCUGCCGAUUCUUGCUGCCUCCGAGGGCCUCGUCCGCCAGCAGCUCAUCCCCGUCCUCCAGCGAAUCCUUCAAUAUGAUUUCCCUGCCCGCUGGCCGCGGUUCAUGGACUUCACCCUCGAGCUCCUCAACACAAAUAACCCCAGUUCCGUCCUCGCUGGUCUUCAAUGUUUGUUGGCCAUUUGCCGCGCCUUUAGAUACAAGUCGACAGACAGCGAUGAUAGGCAACACUUUGAUAAGAUUGUCGAGGCCAGCUUCCCCCGCCUGCUGGCCAUCUGCAACGAGUUGGUGAACCAGGAGAGCGAUGAGGCUGGCGAGAUGCUCCACUUGGCAUUGAAGGCCUACAAGCAUGCGACUUGGCUGGAGCUCUCUCCCUUCCUGCGACAGCGCGACGUCAACAUUGCCUGGUGCACUGUUUUCCUCCACACCGUAUCCAAGGCCUGCCCCGCCAAUGCUCUCCAGGGCGACCAGAUCGAGCGCGAGAAGCAUCACUGGUGGAAGGCCAAGAAGUGGGCGUACUUUAACCUGAACCGCCUGUUCAUUCGACACGGCAACCCCGCGAGCCCCGGCAAGGGUGACGAGGCCCUCCAGUUCGCCAAGGACUUCAUUGCCAACAUCGCUCCCGAGAUCCUCAAGCACUACCUCCAGGAGAUUGAGAAGUGGGUUGCCAAGACCAUCUGGCUCAGUCGACCCUGCUUGUCUUACACCCUCGUUUUCCUCGACGAGUCGGUACGACCCAAGGAGAUGUGGACUCACCUGAAGGCGCAUCUGACCAACCUCGUUACUCACUUUGUCUUCCCCGUCCUCUGUCUUACCGAGGAGGACGUUGAGCAGUUCGAGGAGGAGCCCGACGAGUAUCUCCACCGAAAGCUCAACUACUUCGAGGAGGCUUCGGCUCCUGAUGUCGCUGCCACCAACUUCCUCGUCAACCUCACCAAGAACCGCCGGAAGGAGGUCUUUGAGAUCCUCAAGUUCGUCAACGUCGUCGUUACCGAGUACGAGGCCGCCCCCGAUGACAAGAAGAACCACAUCGCCAAGGAGGGUGCCCUGCGCAUGAUUGCCACCCUGGCUCCCGUCAUCCUGAGCAAGAAGAGCCCCAUUGCCGACGAGGUGGAAUAUUUCCUCGUUCGCUUUGUGUUCCCCGACUUCUCGAGCCAGCAGGGUUACCUCCGUGCGAGGGCUUGCGACACCAUCGAGAAGUUUGAGCAGCUCAACUUCCAGGACCAGAACAACCUCCUGACCAUCUACCGACACAUCCUCGACUGCAUGGCUGACCCUGCUCUGCCCGUUCGUGUCACUGCCGCCCUCGCCCUCCAGCCUCUUAUCCGCCACGAUGUCAUCCGAACGAGCAUGCAGCAGAACAUCCCCACCAUUAUGCAGCAGCUGCUCAAGCUUGCCAACGAAGCCGAUAUCGAUGCUCUCGCCAACGUUAUGGAGGAUUUUGUCGAGGUCUUCGCUACCGAGCUCACCCCCUUCGCUGUCGCCCUCAGCGAGCAACUCCGAGAUACCUACAUGCGAAUCGUGCGCGAGCUUCUCGAGAAGGAGAGCAAGGUUGGAGAUGAUGGCGAGCUUUACAACGAGUACGACGACAAGAGCAUCACUGCCCUUGGUGUUUUGCAGACCAUUGGCACCUUGAUCCUCACUCUGGAGAGCACCCCCGAUGUCCUCCUUCACAUCGAGGCUGUCCUCAUGCCGGUCAUUAAGGUGACCCUGGAGAACAAGCUCUAUGAUCUGUACAACGAGGUGUUUGAGAUAAUCGAUAGCUGCACCUUCGCUGCCAAGUCAAUUUCGCCUACCAUGUGGCAGGCGUUUGAGCUGAUCCACACCACCUUCAAGGCUGGUGCCGAGUACUACCUGGAGGACAUGCUCCCUGCCCUGGACAACUUUGUGCAGUUUGGUGCUCCCCAGCUGGCCCAGAAGCCCGAGUACACCCAGGCCCUCUACUCUAUGGUUGCCGACAUGUUCACCGAGAGCAUCCAGGGUGGAGUUGAGAGGAUAUGCGCCUGCAAGCUCGCCGAGGCCAUGAUGCUCAGCCUCCGAGGACAGAUUGACUCGUGUGUUGAGGGCUUCAUCAACAUGGCCAUGAACAUCCUGGCCAACCAGGAUGUCAAGGUUAAGAGCUACCGCAUCCACCUGAUGGAGAUGGUUAUCAACUCGAUCUACUACAACCCUCUCCUGACUCUCCAGGUUCUCGAGAACAAGGGAUGGACAAACCGCUUCUUCAGCCUCUGGUUCGGCAGCAUGACUUCGUUCACUCGCGUUCACGACAAGAAGCUGUGCAUCGUGGCUAUUUCUGCUCUUCUUAGCCUUGGUCAUGAGCAGGUUCCGGCUAGUGUCUCGGUUGGCUGGCCUAGGUUGCUGCAGGGCAUUACAGAGCUGUUCCGCACGCUGCCGGCUGCUCAGAAGAACCGAGAAGAGGCCCUCCGGGACGAUAUCCACCUCGAGUCUUCGUAUGACUAUGGUGAGGAGGAUGAGUGGGAUGAUGACGACGCCAACUGGAACGCCGACGAGGAGGAUCCUUCUACCGAGACACCCGAGACCAAGGAUGAGAGCACUGCUUACCUUAACUUCCUCAACGAGGAGGCUCAGAAGUUCAGCCGAGCCAUUGAUGAUGUUGAGGAGGAUGAUCUCGGCGAGGAUACUGUCCUGCUCGAGUCUCCUCUCGACAAGGUUGAGCCUUACCAGCUCUUCCGUGCCACGUUGAUGAAAAUGCAACAAGAGCAACCCCAAUUCUACGCAACCCUGGCCGGACACCUCACGGCCGAGGACCAGAGCGUUAUCCAGACCGUCAUGGUCAAGGCUGACGAGAUCGCUACGCAGCAGGCGCAGCUCCUCGCCCAGCAGCAGGCUGUCUUGGCCGGCAACGUGGGUGCGCCCAACGGCGGUGCCAGUUAG